AUGCGGUUCAAGAUAUGCACCAGUCCGCCUUUGCCUGACCUCAAGGCUUGGUUUGCUGUUGAGCUCAAUGAGAAGACAAGAACGAUAUGGGAUUUAAAACAUGUCUUGCUCUCUGACCUCCAUGUUCUCCAGGACUAUCAAGCUAAGGAUGGAAUAUCCUUGUCCAUGGACGGGUUUGAGCUUUUAGACGAGACUCCUAUCAACAUUCUGCGAGAUGGUGAUUUGGUAGAUAUCAAACUCGACACAGUCUCCUCGAGACCACUUGCUAAAGAACCACUUGCCCAUGUCACAGGCAAGACCAAGCAGGCCAUCAAGGAUUCACACUCAACAGACCUACCCGCAAAGCGAAAACGCUAUGAAACCAGCUCAUCCGAAUCUUCCGAAUCGUCAGGAAGCUCCUCAGAGUCGAGCACAACAUCUGAUUCGUCGAGCUCUAGUUCAUCCGACGCCUCUUCCGAGUCAGAAUCCGAUUCUGACGAUGCCGGUCAUUUUCGUGUAGAGGCCACCUCUAAACUUACUCGCCCUUUUGAGAAGGAACUUGUACGCUCUUCAAAGACCGACUCUUCCAAGACUGUGCUCCCCAAAGCGGUACCCCCAGGAUUUGGCAAACCUGCUACGCGUAGCCGCAACUUGCGCCGACGGCGAAAGAGACUACAUGAAUCUGAACAUAAUCCGGAGACAGGCCCUCCACUUGGAACGUCUUCUGCGAAUGCCAUACCUAUUGGCGAGGGAGUAGAGUAUAGUGAAACCAUAAACGAUACCAUCGAAGAUGAGUUGGAUGAAUCCGCACCUUCUACGACUCCACAACUCAUGAUGUUAUCGUACCGGAACAAAAACAAGAAGAAAGGUUUCAGACAGCUCAUCACAAAACCACUACCGCAGAAAAUUAGAUUUGAUGCUGGAAUCGAGGCUAUAGAUGUUAACACUACCAUUCCUCCCGCGCCUCCUGCACCAAUAAUGGACCAAUAUGUAUCUGAGGAGAACACUGCUGUUGCACCGUCACUCCCCCAUCUGAUUCCUCCAUCCGAGAGGCAACACCUGCCAAGCAACUUAUUCGUUACAUUUGUCGACGUGGAAGAGGGCUUGAACCCAAAAAAGAAGAAAAAGACACAGCACCGACGUGAUCAGGUGUCUCUCGAACAACACAAUACCUACGAGCCUCAGCAAGACGUGCUGGAUUACGGGUGUCCACAAGAUUCAAAUGCGGUUCCGCAGAACUCUAUCAAUCCGAUGCCUGUUUCCCAUUCACCCAAAGACCCCAGCAUUGCAUAUAUAGAAAAACAUUGGCCAUCGUUUGUCCGAGUGACCGAAAAAUCGCAAUUACAGCCCGAGACCUUAGUGGGUUGGAAGGCUCUUGCCGUCAAUCCUUUGACGUGUACUCCUGAGAUGCUCCUGACACUUGGGCAUAUCACUGAAAUUGAUGACGCACAUGUCAAGGUACAACUAAUCCAUCGGCCCGCGCAAACUUCAUUCGGGGGUAUGCUGGAUGACAGUGAGGGGACUUCGGAAGAGACGUUCAUUUGGGAGGAUGUUUUUGCAUUAGACUGGAAAAGCAUAAUAGAUGUCUGA